AGUUUGUGCUGGAGCGAAGCCAAACGACGGCUUCGACUUCCAGAGACAACGAAGUUUUAGAGAGCGAAAGAUAGAGAUAGAGAGAGAAACACCAAAACGCACCAACAAACCAAUCGUCUCAGGAAUCAUCAAAUAUCCAAAUCAAAAACACCCCUUUAAUAAAUAAAUAUUAACACUUUUACCAUUUUCUCUCACAUUAACAAACUCUCUCUCUCUCUAUCUCUCUCUUCCCUGUUUCUCUCUCCUUCUCUCUCUGUCUCUCUCUCUCUUUCUAUCUCUCUCUUUACUGGGUCCUAGUUCUGGUCGUCUUCGUCUUUCUUCUCGUUGACGUGGUGCCCUAGAUCUUGAAAGAACAAAUUAGAAGAAGCUGCUUUUAGAUUCCAGAUCUUUGACUGUGUUGCCUUGAGAUUUUGAUUUGGAGAUCGCUUUUUCACUUCAUUUGAUCAGGUACUGUUUAGGGAUAUGGGAUUCUGGGGGUUUGAUUUUUCGCUCUUUCGGCCAGUUUCAGCUUUGAAUUUUUCUAUCAGAGUUUGCUGAUCAAACUUAAAUUGUCCAUCAAUUGAACAUUCUCUGCUAGGUUGUUAAAUAUUAAUACCUUAUCAAAUGGUAUGGUGGUAAUAGGGAGAAUGGGCAAGAACCUCAUCUGGAGGUGAAUUUUCGAUGUAUUUGUUGUAGAUGAAGACAGCUCAGACGGGUCGUCUAGGCAUGGGUGACAUGCAGAACUUGCAUGGGGCUCGCCAUCGACCUCCUUUGAAGAGGCCUCUCUGGAUAAUUGUCUUGGUUUCGUUAAUCAGCAUCUUUAUAAUUGGUGCUUAUGUCUACCCACCCCAAAGUAGUGCUGCCUGUUACAUUUUUUCUUCAAGAGGUUGUAAGGCUAUUUCAGAUUGGCUUCCGCCUGUUCCCACAAGGGAAUAUACCGAUGAAGAGGUUGCAUCGCAUCUUGUGAUUAGGGAGAUUUUGAAUGCGCCUCCUCUUCAAUCCGAAAGUCCUAAAGUUGCAUUCAUGUUCCUGACCCCCUAUUCAUUGCCUUUUGAGAAGCUGUGGGAGAAGUUUUUCCAUGGUCAUGAGGGAAAGUUCUCUGUUUAUGUUCAUGCAUCUAAGGACAAACCGGUUCAUGUUAGCCGUUACUUUGUGAACAGGGAUGUACGCAGUGAUCAGGUGAUAUGGGGCAAAAUUUCAAUGGUUGAUGCAGAGAAACGUUUAUUAGCAAAUGCUCUCGAAGAUCCCGAUAACCAGCAUUUUGUUUUACUUUCUGAAAGUUGUGUUCCGUUGUAUAAUUUUGACUAUAUCUACAACCAUUUGAUAAAUACAAAUGUCAGCUUUGUUGACAGCUUUGAGGAUCCUGGUCCACAUGGAAAUGGAAGGUAUUCGGAACACAUGUCACCUGAAAUUGAGAAGAAGGACUUUCGAAAGGGAGCACAGUGGUUCUCAAUGAAACGCCAGCAUGCUGUGAUAGUUUUGGCUGACCAUCUUUACUACUCAAAGUUUCGGGAUUACUGCAAGCCAGGUUUGGAGGGGCGCAAUUGUAUAGCUGAUGAACAUUAUUUGCCUACCUUUUUCCAUUUGAUUGAUCCUGGGGGAAUUGCAAACUGGUCAGUAACACAUGUUGAUUGGUCUGAGAGAAAGUGGCACCCAAAGUCCUACAAGGCUCAGGAUGUUACUUAUGGGCUAUUGAAGAAUAUUACGUCAAUUCAAGAGAGUGUGCAUGUAACCAGUGACGAGAAGAAGGAAGUGCAAAGAUGGCCUUGCUUAUGGAAUGGUAUACAAAAGCCAUGUUACUUGUUUGCGAGAAAGUUCUUACCAGAAGCUUUAGAUAAAUUGAUGAACCAUUUCGCCAACUAUACAACAAUUUGAGCAAGAUAUUUUUGACUCUUAUUCUUUGGUCGGAUAGACUGUUGCUUUCGGCCUUUCCGCUCCUACAUCUUUGGUUUGCCAUAUAUCUUUACGAAGAUGUAAAUUUACGAAAUUAUCAUCGAGGCUUGAUUGUCCCCUGACUGCAUAUCUUCAGUGCAAGGCUACUGUCAGAGCAGUUUAACUAGGAUGGCCGGAGUCAGGCAGGAAGAAGGCUAACUAGAUGGUAGUGUUGCUUCCAUGGGGAAGGGUGAUUUGUUGUCUCGAUGACCCCUCCAUUUUGGGCUUUGUUCUACUUUUUUAGAACAGAAUUUUUGGGGGAACCUUUUACUGCAUUUUCAAUUUUUUUUUUUUCCCCCCCCCUUUUUGUGCUUGAACUUAGUUAAAGAUGAGAUGUGAAGUUGGAAAUACAACACUUGAAUAGCAUCCUGAAAUUCAUGCACCAGUUUUAUGAUGUGUCUCA